UAUGAAGUAACACAAAAUGAAUUCAUUGAAAUGUGUAAUUGUGACAAUUUUGUGUUGUUUGGGAAUAAUUUGUAAAGGUCAGGAAGUUUCCAUUUCACAAGAAAAAACGAAAAGGGACGAGUCUAGAUGCACAUUGGCAGAACCAACGGUAACCUGCACGGAUUAUGACUCAUGCAUUGUUGAAAAUGGUUUGGAAUUUCUUACAAAUGCAGGAGAUCAAGACAAUGGAUUUUGGAUUGGAUAUGCCAAAACAUGGAUUAGUUAUGCUUAUGUUGGAUGUGGCCAAUUGAUUGAUGGAGCCAGUUAUUCUGUUUCAACUCUUGGCGAAUGUAGACGUAAAACGGGAUGCCAAACGUUCGGUAUACAAAGCUCAACAGCGGGUUUGCGAUGUAAAUGUGCCAGUGAUAACUUCAAGCGGAGAAAAUGCGGAGUAAAAUGUGAAGAAGCGGAUCAAUAUCCAUGUGGUGACACAGCCCAUAAGUUUUCAUUUUACACUGUAGAAAAUGUUCCUCCUAGCAAUAAUUCACAAGACAUUCACAGAAACUGCCUACUGUUCUACUAUAAUUACAGACCUGGUUUUAAUUAUUAUUGGGAGUCAUGCACUUUAAAUAGCACCCCGAAACUAUUAUGCAGCAACACAUAUUUUUAUUAUAAUGCGAUGGCGAUGGCGGAAAUACAAAGUUAUGAUCAAAGUAAUGAACUUUGGGCACAGGCUGUUGAAAACUGCGUCGCUGAAGAAAAAUUCCCUGCAUCGAUACAAAGUAUCAAAAAUACGAAUUUUACAAACAAUGACGCACAGAACCAUUGGACUGGAAUAAUUAAAACAGAAUCUAUUAUAUCUUUGAACGAUAUCCUUGAUAAUAGCACCUAUCCACCUUUGAAGUAUGCAUAUGUGAUGCUGAUCAACGAAAAAUAUUACGUCAAGUUUGCUGAGGAAGAUGAAAUGAGAAAGAGCUUGUGCACAGGAGGAUCAACGGCAGGUCUCGCUGCUGGUGUGUCCGUUUCUCUGGUAGUGCUUAUCAUUGUGACGGUCAUAGUGCUGGUGUUCUUUAAAAGAAGGGGACUUCUAACAAAGUGCUACAAACAAAAUGAUGAAAACAGCAACCAUACCAAAGACACAGCCACCGAAAUAGCAUGCAUAUCAACACCGAUAUUUGAAUCUACUACAAACACAAUGGAUGACUUAACAGCCACAAAUCAUUCUUAUUUUGUGCUUGAAAAAACGUUUGAUGAAGAAACCAAUGAGGAUACCGAACACUAUGCAGAGCCAGAUACGACCGAUGUUGACCAUUAUGAUUUGACCGAAAUGUCGCAGAAUGAUACUAAUGAUGAUAACGAAACAGCCCAUGACAAAAACAGCUCAGCCAGGUCUGAUUUGUCCAAGCCAAAUAACACUUAUAACAAAGUCACAUUACAUCGAACUAAUGAGUAUGAUCAUAUUCAUCAAGAUGGAAUGCCGCCAAAGUCGGACAGACAAACUGAAAAUGAAUACGAUAUAUCGAAUAACCUGAUCGACGGCAAAGGCCAUAAUAAUAUCGGAGAUGACAGUGAUACAUAUAACCAUUUGAACAAACAUGAAUUGAAGAGCUCUGACACAGAUAACGUUUAUGGAAAGUCUGAAACAGAUGGCGAUAGUGGAUAUGAUACUUCCAGUGCUCUAACCCUUCGCAGGAACAUGGAUGCUGAUUAUGAUGUGAUCAAAAAGAAAUGGUAGACUUAUGUGUCAAUAUAACAUUUAGGUACAUAAUUUUAUUUUUUAAAGUGAUCAAAUUCCAUGAAAUUUGAAAGAUGCAUAGAGAGUUUGUCAACUAAACCGUGACACAUGUUCCCGAUUAAUCCUAUUCUUGUAAAUUUGCCCUAUCUGUCAGUUUUGUUUACAAAAACACUCAACAAAACAAGCUCAUCCAUCAGUUAAGAAACAUGAUCGUUAUGCAUAUUAAAUAUCAAGGAGAAAGUAUUUUUCACCUCAAUGGCAGCUUCGGGCUGUAAGUUUCUUCAAUGAGUUUUGUUUAUUUUUGCGCACAGCGUUAUGAAAAUCUACGAUAUUACUGUUCGCCUGAAGAGAAACAUGUUCUAAAAGAGAUCGUAUGGAAACACAUUAAUUCACUUCGGAAAUUUAAGCAACUCAAAUCUAGACGUAAAACAUACAUAUUGUGUCUCUUGUACAAAAUGCAUUAUUGUAUGACUACAUCCUAUCUUUCUUGUUAAAUGCCUUCAUCAGUUUCAGUAUAUUUGUCCAAUAGUCUCAGAAAAACCUCUUACGGUUACGGAACUUGAAUUGCAAAUCGCAACACGUCUCUCAAUCGUUCUACCAUCAACAAUCUCUUUGUGAAAUGCGCUUCCGUCAUCCAUGAGAAAAACUACAUCACUGCAAUCAUAACUCUUGUUGUUUAAUAACAAUGCUCACUAUCACCAAGGGUCUGGCGUCAACCACUUUCACCAUGCUUACCUUUGAAUGCACUGCAGCAAUGUUAAUGAACAUCUCCUCCUAAGAAUAUCGUAGAAAGUCCCCUGUGUACAUUUGGAGCAAUAGAAGACACUUAACACUUUUUUACAUGUCCAUUAUAUACUAAGCACAGAAAGGUCUUGUUUGAAAAUAUCAGUCCCCUUAACCCUAUACAACUAUACAACUUAUAUUGUUUGAAGACACAUCUUACACCUCAAUUAUCAAUAAGCAUAUCUUCUACCAAGUAUGAACAUUUAUUCCUAACACCAAACGUUAUACAAACUAAUUUCAACAUCGAACAUACUCAUCGUCUCUGUCUUGCCUAAGCUACUUCUCUUUCCCUUCCAUCUCUCUUUCCGUACUACACAAUGUCAAUUUUUUGUUUAUUUUUAUGCAUUUAGAAAUAGAUGUAAUUUAAACCAUUUUUUUGCAUUUUGAUUACGUCAUCUUCUGUAACAAUUGUCAAUGCCUGUUUAUUCUUAUUAAGUGUGAAUUAUGAAUCAAAUAUGACAACAUGUUAACACCACAUGUCAUUUGUUCUAAUGUUAUACAGAAGACAGACUUAUAAUAAGCAUUUAUGCUUACUUCUCAAUUCUGUAAAUGUAUAGUUUAAUUGCUAGUAGAACUAAUUCUUGAUAUUUCAACUUACAAAUAUUGACUACCAUAAUGACUUACAAAUAUUGACUAAAAAUGACUUACAAAUAUUGACUACCAUAAUUACUUUCAAAUAUUGACUACCAUAAUUACUUACAAACAUUGACUACCAUUAUUACUUUGUGAUUAUUUGUCUACUUGUUAUUAUCUGUGUUUUUGAACUUACAUUAUCAAAAUAAAGACUGGUUUUACC